CGAUAACUCACAAACCAUAAGAAGACAAGACAGACCACACCUGCAUUACUGUAUCACCACAUUGUGCUGCAACUUAUUCGCAUCAGAACCACAACCACCAGCCUUAUCAAGAUGCUAUCUAUCCCCAACCCUCUACCCUUGCACCUCAAACUCCCCGACGACCCCGAGACACUCGCCCUCCUCAACCGCAUAGUAGUCUACACCGCCGUGAUCCUCUACCACACCAUCUGGAACGCCCCAGUCUACCACAUCAAAUUCGCCAAGAACACCACCUGCCUGUCCUUGCACAUCGCCACCGGCCUCCUGGAGUACUUCCGCUACUGGCUUGGGAAAGCACAGACCCCACACUCGCAAACGAUCCUCCCGGACGCGCUCGACGUGCUGAGCAGCCUGAUCUGGUCGGGGACGAGCUUCGUGCUGCUGCGCACGCUCCGCCGCGGCGAUCCCCGCACGACCCGCCCGCCCUACCAGGCCGCCGCGUGCCUGCGGCCUCUGGCUACCAUAGCGGCAUAUGCAUUCCGCAUCCCGAGUCUGCAUACACUCAGCAUAUACGCGUUGGAAGGGUUCAUCUGGACGCGGCUGGCAAUCUUCUACUUUUCCCGUACGCCGUACCUGCGUGGUACAGCUAAGGAUAGCACGGUGUAUGCGAUCUCGGUGCCAUUGGCGGCGUUGUUUAGUGUGCAUCAGAGCCAGGUGCCGGGCGCAACGUUGGGGUUUGUAUUGGCAAUGGCGUAUAUCAGGCAAUUGAAUGAGUGGGUGACGCUGCGGUCGAAAUGUUUGAGAGACCCGCAGACGAAGGACGAAGUGUCAUUUUGGAAAAAGUAUCUGGUGGUCGGGUUACGGACGCUGGGGUUCGUGGAGCUGGAUGAAUUACGCGCUGUUUCGGAAGAACAGGCGCUGGAGAAGAAACUCAACGAUGAGUAUGUUUCCAAGGCGCAUAGUUGAGGAGGCUUAAGGAGCGUCGUGGGAACAGCUCUUAGGGUUCUUACCUUUUCUGAGAUAUUGUAUGGUUACGCAUAGCCUCGUGAUUGACUGACUGAAAAUAAGUUGCGAUUGCAAUUGUCGUUAACUUACUGAG